AGAUUUUUUGUACACUUCCUCCACCCAUCUUUCUCCUCUCUCUAUCCUUCUUCAUCUCUCCUUUGCUUGCCUUUUCUUUAGUUUAUUCUUUCAAGAUCAAAUAGUUCCUUCUUUGAUCUCACUCGCAUAACUAAAAGUUUCAUAUAUAUCCCAAACAAGAAGAGAUAUAUCAUUGAACAGAAGCCACAAAUUACAAAUGUCUAUUGAUAUAUCAUCUGAGCGUGUUUGCUAUGUCCACUGCAACUUCUGCACGACGAUUUUAGCGGUAAGUGUACCAUACGCAAGCUUGUUCACACUUGUGACGGUGAGAUGUGGCCAUUGUACCAAUUUGCUCUCUCUCAACAUCGGAGUUUCACUUCAUCAAAGCUCUCCUCCUCCCAUUCAUCAAGAUCUUCAGCAACAUAAGCAACACAUAACCUCUUCGGUAACAAGAAAAGAACACGGAUCAUCUUCUAGGAGCUUCAAUCAUUUCUCGACCACACUGUCAGAAAAUGUAGAACGUGAGGUUCCUAGAAUGCCUCCUAUUCGCCCGCCUGAGAAAAGACAACGCGUUCCUUCGGCCUACAACAGAUUUAUCAAAGAGGAAAUCCAAAGGAUCAAGGCUGGUAAUCCAGAGAUUAGCCACCGCGAGGCGUUUAGCACAGCUGCGAAAAAUUGGGCACAUUUUCCUCACAUUCACUUUGGAUUAAAGCUGGAUGGCAACAAAAAAGGCAAGCAAAUAGACCAGACAGUUGCAGGCCAAAAGUCUAAUGGCUAUUACUAAAGCCUUUACAUAUAUAUUGAUAAAUGGCUAUUAUAUAUGUAUGUAUGUGUACGCUGGUGUAAUGGAAGAGAAGGCAAGGAAGAGGAAGAUCCAUACAUUACCUUACUUAUAUAUAUACAUACAUAUACAUGUAUGUCCCUUUCUUUUUCAUGUGUGGGUUCCAUCUAUAACUUCGUUUCUAGCUUAUAUUAUCCUAAUAAGUGAAACCCAUAUAUGGUUUUCACAUUUGAACCUAAUUAUUUAAGAAGAAUCUCCUUUAAGAAGAUUGUAAUAUCAUUUCCUCUUUCCUCGUUCUGAAAAGGUGUAACUUUUUGUGUGGUCACGAACUUAUAUAAUGCGAAGUUUAUA